AUGCCAACUAUUACUCUUAACUGUUUGGUCGUAGGUGAAAACCCCUAUGAAAAUGCUUUCAACAUCAAGACUAACUUGACAAAGGCGAUUUGCGAACUCAAAGAAGCUAUCAAGGUGAAGAAGGCACCCGAGUUCGAUAAUUUCGCUGCAGACAAACUCAUAUUAUGGAAGGUGGACAUUUCCCUCGAAGAAAAUGGAGAAUUAAUAGCCGUCAAUACAAAAAUCAACACUAAUAUAAAGGACGAGCUUGGAGGUGUAGAGCUUACUUCGCUUUCGAAGAUUAGCAAGCACUUUCCUUCUCAGCCAGCUAUCGAGCACCUUCAUAUCGUCUUACAGCGUCCCGUUGAAGCUAAAGAUAUACAUUGUACAGGAGGCAAUGCUACGACAACUACCACCAUUACCACCUUGAACAAGGCCAAACGUCUGCUCUCUGAGACUCAAUAUGUUCGUAAACAUCUCGCUAAUAACGAUUUGAAAGCGAAAAAUUUUUAUGUUUAUUUCAAUCACUCCACCUUGAAGGAAGGCGUAGAAGUUCUUCAUAAAACAUUAGAGGCUCUAAGAGACGAUUCAGAACUUGGUAAUCUUGUGAGAAGAAUAUUAGGAAGGGACGUAUUCUUCAAGAGUGAUAAAGCAAAGAUUUAUUUUCAGCGAAAAAAGAGAAAGGAUGAUGUGUUGUUAGGUACAGAGACGACAUUAAGUAUGGCGAACGAAAGGAUUGUUUUAGCAAACGAAAUUGCACAUAAAAAUUCUCUUGACUGUUUGAGAGAAAUAGAAAGUCUUUCAGAUGAAGAAGACUAUGAAGAACUUGAGGUUGAGGAUGAACUUCAGCAAGAAAAUUUCUCAUCAAAAUUUCCUGUUGUAGUCGAAUGUGACAACGCCCAAACUAAAAGCUGGCCGCACUAUCUUGAUGUACUUCCUAUCCAUGCUGAAUACUUAUUUAUGGAGGAGGACUGGAUAAUGAAUGGUGUAACCUUAAGCAAUAAUUUGAAAGGAACUGGUAUAAUUAGACGUGGCCACUUCAAUUUUUCAGACACGGAGUGUACUUCUCAGAUAAGCGAUGAACACUGGGAAAAUGUCUUGGUCCCAUUUUUGACACAGCACAAGUUGAAAAAUGCGCUUUCCACCGAAAAUGAUGAAAAAAUACUGUUGGAAAUGUUCGGUGAGGAAAAUAAGAAAAAGCUCUUAGAGCAAGGAAACUUAAAAUUGAUAGUCAGCUUGUGUGAUACCGAAGAGGACGCCACAAAAGUCCUUGAAAUGGUGAAACGAAUACGAUUGGUUUUAUAUCUUAAAGGAUUUGCUGAUUGUCAGACCCUCAAAUCAUUGGAGAUGAAAUGGGCAAAAUCUAUCCCUUCCGACAUUUUAGAUAAACAGUUGCGAGACAUUUUGUGGGCAACUGAGCUAAUAAAAUGGGUUAUCAUGCAAUGGCAAGACGGUACCUUCCUUAAAGAAAUGAAAGAGUCGUGGGUGAAAACUCAGCUGACAUCACGACUUCUUGUUCCAGUGAUUCCAGUAAAUCCCGGUGAAACUGAGUCUGACGCAGAAAAGACUGUUGCCAAUUAUAAGAAAUCACUAUUGUCUCCAAAAAUAAAAGCAAAGUUUCGUGUAGAUGGGCUUGACAAAGCUGAAGAAUUCGAAAAUGUUUGGGUCGAGUUGAAGGGUGGUGUCGGUACUCGGCAUGAAUCCGAAAACAGCAACAAUCGUGAAGAUUUAGACGUCUUACUCAAAGGUUUCUCAGUUAUGUCUGCAAUGCAAGCUUUAACAAUGCCGGAAGAAGCAAAGAAAAGGAUUUGCGAGUUAGAAUUUUUUGGCAUAAGAGGGAUUGGAAAUCAUUUCCAAUUUUGGGGCUGCCACCAGACCUCCAGAUAUCUAAUGUGCUCGUACUUGUUAGGAGAAUUUCACUUACCUUCAUUUGAGGGAAGAGAGGGUAGUGGCUUGCAGGAGCUGUUGUAUGCGAUAAGAGUUAUUUACUCGUUCAAAAUAAGAGUAGAAGCCAGCAAAUUGGCAUUUCAUCAGAUUAGAUCUUCGGCAAGAAGUAAGAGAAUUUUUGAUGCUGAUUCUUCUCCGAUCAAGGCAAAAAGAGUUCGGGCAUGA